UCCAUCAUCUUCCUUCAUUUUCCUGCAACCCCAUCGGCCAUUUUCAUUCUCACACCUUUCCGCGUCCUCCUCCUCUUUGGACCACUUAAAGUUGCAGGCUUGUUCUUGAUUGAUUUUCAAGUGUCAGACUCACCAAGAGAAAGAAAGACAGAGAACUCAAUUCCUUCUCUCUCUGUUUUUUUUUUUUUAACUUUCUGAAAUGCAAUUCCUUUCUUUUACGUUAUUCCUAUUUCCUGACUUCUCUCUGACGUCCCUUUUAUUCUAGCCUACCUUUUGCUACCCUGUUUCAAGCCAUUCUAUUCAACAGUACAAUCAAUCCAUCCUCUGCUUUUUUUCUGUACUGUUUUUUCUCUUCAAAUCUGGGUGUGGGUCUGUGUGGUUCCUAGUUUUUCCCAAAGAUUGAUCGAAAUGGCAGUCGAACUUUGCUCUGAGAAUUGUGGGGCUUCUACAAUGAGUCCGAGAAUUUCGUUCUCGCAUGAUUUCUCUCAAUCAGAUGUUAUCCCAGUUGAGCAAACCCCUUUUAGAUCAAACUCCUCUGGUUUGAACUCCAGCUUUGAUUUUGAUGUUUGUGUUCGUGAGAGCUUGGAGCAAGAGUCAUCUUCAGCGGAUGAGCUCUUCUCUGAUGGCAAAAUGAUUCCCACUGAGAUCAAGAAGAAGAAGAAGAAGAAAGACCAAUCACCACUUCAUCAAACCGUCCCACCCACUGAAACUGUUCGUGAAAAUGCCUCAACCAGGAAAACAAUCAGGAACGAAAGCCUCAGAGAGCUCAAGCAGCAGCAACCUGUAGUGAAUACUGAUGAAGUUGAUGAGAAGCAGAGUUCUAAUUCUAAUAAUACUAACAAGUCGUUCUGGGGAUUCAAAAGAAGUAGCAGUUGUGGCAGUGGUGGCUAUGGAAGAAGCUUAUGUCCUUUGCCACUUUUAUCAAGAAGCAAUUCGACUGGUUCUGCUCCUACCCCAAGUGCUAAGAGGAUGCCACUUUCAAAGGAAGGUCCCAACAUGAAGCAAAAUCCUCACAAGCAUACUCCCACAAGGCCUUAUCAAAAGCCUCCAUUGAAGAAAAUCCAUGGAUCUUAUGUCCAUAAUGGCGUUAGAGUCAACCCUGUUAUCAAUGUUCCUUCUGCAAAUUUAUUCGGCUUGGGUUCAAUCUUCUCCAGCAACAAGGAUAAGUCCAAGAAGAAGUGAUCCACAGAAAGUUUCCAUAAGGGGUAUGUUUAAAUUGAGGAGAAUGAUUCAAUUUUAACAUUUCCUUUAACUGUUAUUCUCCUCAGUCUAAACAUAUCCAGAUAAGUAUAUAUCUAAAUAAGAACAAUUUGAUUCCUCUUUCCUGUCUCUCAAGUCUUCUUGAGCGAAAAAAACUAGCCUGAAUCUGCAAAUUAACAAUGUUGCUUGUACUUUCGGUGUGGAUUUGAGUUUGACUAUGAUGUUGUUAGGAAAAU